GGUUCUCUCCAGGCUCGGCUCCGCUCGGCUCGGUUCUCUCCAGGCUCGGCUCGGUUCCGGCAUGUUCUGUGAGAAAGCCGUGGAUCUGGUCCGGGAGCUUCACCGGAUGAGUGACGGACAGCUUCCCGCCUUUAACGAGGACGGGCUGCGGCAGGUUCUGCAGGAGAUGGAGGCUCUGUACGACCAGAACCAGAGCGACGUGAACGAGGCGAAGGCCUCCGGUCGGGCUGACGUCAUCCCCUCCAUCAAACUACGUCACUGCUGCCUGCUGAGGAACCAACGCUGCGUCACCGCCUACCUGUACGACCGCCUGCUGAGGAUCAGAGCUCUGCGUUGGGAGUACGGCAGCGUUCUUCCCGCCAACGUCCGCUUCCACAUGUGUGCAGAGGAGGUGCAGUGGUUCAGUCAGUAUAAGAAGUCUCUGUCGUCUCUGAUGCGCUCUCUGGGAGCAGGUGAAGGUCUGGACAUCACUCAGGACAUGAAGCCUCCCAAGAGUCUGUACAUCCAGGUGAGGUGUUUAAAGGACCACGGAGAGUUUGAGAUCGACGACGGGACGGUGAUCCUGCUGAAGAAGAACAGCCAGCACUUCCUGCCGCGCUGGAAAUGUGAGCAGCUGAUUCGUCAGGGUGUCCUGGAGCACGUGAUGUCAUGACGUCUGACAGCGAGAAGGACGGAUCCGUCCAAUCACAGAUCAGUCUGCUGAACGUUUGUUUUAAAGUCUGUACGUUAAACAAUAAAAACUGUCUGAAACCAGUC